UCAGCCAGGCAUAUCUGCGAGCAGUUGUGCGUUGGUGUAGUUACCAUAAAAAAAGCCUUAAUUUUUGUAUAACCUUAUAUAUACCGGUAACUGUGACAGCCCUACAGUGAUUACAUUUGUUUGCAGAUUUAUUUACGCCCACCGGUUGGAUAAAAUGGAGAGGGACUGCAUCGACACUGCAGAAAAAACCAAGCCGGCGUCGCCUUUGAGGAAAAAUAUUAAUGAAGAAGCAGCUAAUUCACCGAUCUGUGGUGCUACUGAUGUGGCGAAGGCCAGGUGGACUCUGCUGAGACAGGUGUUGCGUCAGAAGCAGACGGACGCUCCAGAGGUCAAACAGGUGUCUGUCCGCAGGUUUGCAACGUUUGACCUUUUCAGCAGGAAGAGGCUUCUGACUCAAGACCCCAGUGAUACCUCAGACGACCAGUGGGUGGAGUACAGAAGUGUCUUCUUUCCCGAGUACAGUGCCUUGCUCAGGGACAACAUGGGGCCUAUCCGAGUUAACGAAGUGCUCAACAGUUUUGACAACACCGGCAAUGUCUGUGUGUGGCCGUCUGAAGAGGUGAUGGCUCAUUACUGUCUGCAGAAACGCCACAUGUUCAAGGGCGCAGUGUGUGAGUUAGGAGGAGGUAUGACUUGCCUUGCUGGGCUCAUGGUUGCCAUUUGUGCUGACGUGAAGGAAGUACUGCUAUCAGAUGGGAACGAGAAGUCCAUUCAGAAUGUACGAAAGCUGGCCGAGAGAAACAGACAAACUGGAAAGUUUGGAUCUACUCAGGUUUCUUCCAGGGUGGUGAGGUGGGACUGCGAGUCAGACAUUUCGGCACUAGAGGGUCACUUUGACAUUGUCAUGUGUGCAGACUGUUUGUUCCUCGACCAGUACAGAGCCUGCCUGGUUGAGGCCAUAAGAAGAUUACUGAAACCCAAUGGCACAGCAUUGGUGUUUGCUCCGCUGCGAGGUCAAACUCUGAGACUGUUUUGUCAACUGGCCCAGCAGGCCGGACUCUGCGCCUCCCAACACCAGCAGUACGACGCUCAGGUCUGGGAUGUUCACUUGAAGAUGCUGACGGAGGGGAAAGACGCAUACGAUGAGAACAUCCACUAUCCUCUCCUCAUCACCUUGACCAAAGGACUUCAACCUGUCAUCCACACUCAGUAAACCAAAACAAGCGCUCCGCUCCACAUGCUUUUAUAUAUUCAACAUAGAGUCAUGUCAACAACCACAAGGGAUCCAAGAAAGAGCCGUAUUCAAAUACAGUAAGGUUAUUAGUCUCAAUAUCAAGUGUUAAGUGACAUAUUUAAGAAAUGUUUCCAAAUUGAACCUGGCCACUGAGAGGAUUCAUUAUCAGGUAAUGCAUGGCUUAGGAGAAUAUUUGAGCGUGCUGAAGAGGAAGAAUGGAGAGGCAGAUAUAGAUUCUAACCUAGUAUGUUUGAACCCUCUGCCAUAUGCCAAAUAAAUUACUAUCAGUCUCCAAAAUAGUCAUGAAAUCAGCUCCUGUAAGUUAAUCAACCUUCUAGAGAAGUUAAUUGCCAAACAGUCGUCAGUAACCAGCCUGUUAAUUUACCUAUUAUGGUAUUUAAUCAGCCAGUAAUCCUGUUAUCAUUCCAGCCAACAAGCCAGUCAGUCGUUAGGUAAGUUAACAGUCGGUUACAUAGAGAUUUCCUCCGUCAGUCGGCCCUCUUUAACCUGUCCGUAUUAACCUAUUCCACUGUGUUCCUGCCCCCAGCGUGGAGGCCAGCUCUAAUUCAUUAACUAUCACAGACUGUGGAGCAGCUCACAGCUCCCUUUGUGUUUCCUCCAUUUCUCUUUGUUCCCUUCUUCCCCCGCUUUCAUUUCUUCUAAUACAACUCAUUCAUCCCAGUCAGAGGUCAGUAUUAAGAACUUCUUUUGUGCAUUACUUACAACAGUACAUUAACAUAUUACAGCACCAUCAGACGUUGUUGCUGCCUGGGAGCUACAGCUUGCAAAGUAGAAGAACAUUUCGUCAUGCAUAUAACAAGUAACAUAACAUUGUAAUUACAUUUUACACAGCUAUAUCUAUUCACUCACAAACAUUUCGCUCUUUAAAGUGACUUAGCAAGCAACAAUCAAUUAAUGUGGCAGCAGCUCGUAUUAGUCUGAAUCUUUCAGGAAGUGUGAGUGUUUGAAAAGCGACCAGGAGAGAAAACAUGCACAAAUGUUGUUAUCACUCCUAAUACUUGCAUUUAUUGAAUACUGACCCCAAUACUGUGCAAUAGAUUGAAGGUUAUAUGGUAUGUUGUACAGAGCAGGAUUACUUUGCAGACCACUUAAUGGUCUCUUACCCCCGAUGUCCACUGAGUGUCUGCUGCCAUCACGCUGCUGUGCCACUGCCUCCAUGACAGUGGCACCAAAGUUCAUGCUCAACGGAUCUAUGAAGUGCUGCAUUGACUUUUAAAUGUAAGCAAUGCCUUUAUUCAUAUUGUUAUGGUAUUUUAUUUGUCUUUACAUAUUCACAGCAAAACUGUUUGUCUUGCUUUUGUUAUGUCACCACUCGGAAUAAGUCUGAAUGCUACAAUUUCUUAGAAAGCUAAGGUAGCUAAAACAAAACAAAGCAUAUGUUACCACAAAGUUACUACUACUGCUGCUUCAAAACACACUGCUUGAACAUCCAGUGGACAUCCAGGGUUAGAUUUUGAUUUCAAAUUGAUUACCUAUAUGUAACCUUAGUUCUUGAAAGUCAAAUACUCUCUUUAUAGCCUCAAGAGUAAAAACGUUCACACAUGUCCGAACUAUUGCUUUUCCAUUGUCUGUUGGUUUUAUUAUCUAUCAGCACAAGUUUACUCAGGUCUUUUUCCAUGUAUUCAGCCGUUUCUUGUGGUAUUAAAGAAACGCCAAGUGUCAGUGGUCCAGUGGCCUAAAGUUGUACCUAUCACUAGUAAAGUGUUUUCCAUUUUUCACUGUGAUCCAUUGCUGUAUGCAACAGCCAAGAAGCUAUGCAGUAUCUCCCCAUGGCUGCUGUGUACACCCCUCAUGUUGAAUAAAAUAAUCCACCUUCAGAUAUGGGAGGUAUUGCCUGUGUGUACUCAGAAAAGUAAAUGAAGUCAGCUUUAUCAGUGGUCUCAAUGCUUUGAGGACUUGCAAUGCAGAAAUGUUCCUAUUGCAAAGUGUGUUUAAUUACAUUUGUAUCUGUAUUGCAUUUUGCUGUGUACCUUUGAUAUCUGCGGGCUAACACCAUCCACGGUGACUUCAUCACUGUGUAGUGUGACGUCACCACUACUGACUGUGAGGUCAUUUUGCAACACUGUUCUCCGCUCUGCGUUGCUGCUUCUUGCAACAUUACUGCCUCUAUUUUUGGCAAAGUGUUCACCGGGUGCACCCAUGAUUUGCAGUGGCUUCUCGUUUUUUACUCUGUGAUUUGGUCACUUCUUGUCGUGAUAUUCGUGCUGUGUGCGCGGACACUUCUCACUGUGACAUCAGCAGGAAACACUGACAGUCAGUGUUAUUCAGAGAGAGUGCUGCAGCAGAGUAUUACCAUGGGUAACAUCACACAGGAAUGUUUUAUUCCAACAGAUGUAUGUGUUGUGGGAUGUUUCUGUUGUUCUGCUAUGAUUUGAGUUAUCAAACAGAUCUGUUGGUCAUUUGCAGGGCAUGUCCACACUAAUCCAGAUCACCUUUGAAUUGGAGUACUUCUAACCAUUCUGAAUGUAUCUUUUUAAAUGGACCACCAAAAACAGAACUAUAAGGAACUGUAAAAUGGACUUAAGUUGGAGCUUUUUCUGUAGCAUUUCACUGCAUAAGGACACUCAAAUUUCAAAUACUUAUUAAAUAUUGAUUUAGAAUUAUCUUGUGAUUUGUAUUGUUCUGAGGGUAUGACAAAAGAAACACAAACAAGUAUUCUUAAUUAAAUAUUUGUCAUGUAUCCUCUUAAGUGUGGACAUGGCCGACAGUGAGUUUCUUCUUUCAGUAUAUCAGAUUAUCUCUGCUUCACUGUAAUCAAUGGGUAAUGAAUGUUGUGAUUUGCUGGCUAUGGGUGGGUGUGUUUUUUGUGAAAAAAUGAAAAUAAAGAAAUGUUCUUCAAGAAA